AUGGAGAAAAAACUCCGAAGAACAAUAACGAAAGCAGCAUCAACAUCAGAGGGCUUCUUCAAGAUAUUCAAGGCUAUCAGACAAAGCCCAAGAAUUCGGUUCCAGAAAGACAUAACAAGCAUCUAUUUGCUGAGAAGCUCCAACAUUGAUAAUCAUAACCCUGCUAAUAGUAAUAAAUUUGGGAAUAAUAUCGAACAAAAAUACUAUCUGGGAACUGUAAUUGAGUUUGUUCUUAUUGAGUCGAUCAAUGACGAAGAUGAGGAACCGUAUAGUCAAGCCAAAGACAAGCAGAGAGCAUUGAAAGAGAUAAUAAUGAACGCAGAUGAGAUAGCAACAAUCAAUCCACAGAAUAGAAAGAGAAGACGAAGAAGCAGCAGAAAAUACACAGCAUCAGACAACUUAGGUGGAUCAAAGGCUUCACGCAGAUCGAAUAUCACGAAAGCAGAUACUGGCCAGAGCAGCGACAUCAUUAAAACCAAGAGAGAUAUAGCUGAGAUAUUGCAUAACAUCUCGGUUGCCAGAUCUAGUGGAGUAAGUCAGCAUAAUAAGUCUGGUGGUGAUAAAAAGAAAAAUUACUUGAAUCAACAAAAAACAAUUGUAAAAUUAAGCAGGAAAACUGUGACAUAA